GCUCUGAACCUGUUGUAGAUGGCCCUCACGUGUAGCUGCGCCUGCGAGCCCAUCCCCUCCGUUCUUCGUCCACGUUCUUACUUCCAACAUGCAUGUUCUAUCUGAUAUGCUUGCCUUCCCCGGGUGACUCAGUCCGAGGCGUGUGUGGAUCAUUCUACCCAGCGUCUUCAGCGCCUAUCCCCAUGGCCCUGAGGCCUUUGGUCGGGAUCAUCCUGGCCCUGCAAAUGGCGCAGGAGGACCCCUUUCUCUGGGGAGCGGUCGAAAUCUACACUGAUAACCAAGGCGCGCUCCAACGCCUACUCGACCCCGGGAUGCAGUCGGGACAGUUCCUCGUCCGACGCAUCGUCGACCUCAUUGAGGAGCGCCGCGAGCGAGGCGGGACGUCAACUUCCACUGUAUCCCGGCCAACGUGGGGGUCCCUGGCAACGAAUUCGCGGACGAGAUGGCCAAACGCGCCACCGGGUGGCUCCCGGGAGGCGCGACCAACGGCCCCAAGGCACCGCAGGUGCCGGACUACCGGACCCUGCAGUCGUCCGCCAAUGCCUGGAUCAAGGCAUUAACAAAGAAACAAUCACACCGGCACUGGCAGCAUGCGGACCACGGCAAGACCCUCCAACAAUACAUUCCAGAGAUCAGCAAGACACCGAUGCAACUCUACAAGGGAUUGACUCCAGCCCAGCGGAGCGCCCUAUUCCAGGCCUGGACGGAAAAGAUCGGCCUGAACGCGUUCCUACACGUGGCUCGGAAGGUCGAUUCCGUUCGGUGCGAGCGAUGCAAUGCGGCACCGGAAACGGUGCACCAUGUCUUGCUCACGUGC